AUGACGCGAAGAAUUGUGUAUGGGGUGGGGCUCAUCCUCACACUGGCCUGCACCAUCAUGACCAUCGCCAGUAUCUCCAUGCCGCGAUGGGUCAGCUACAGUCCCAACGGCGAGCGCGAAUACUCGUACGGCCUGCACAGUCGCUGCUCCGCCGUCACUGGCACCUGCGUUCCCUUCCCCAAGAUGAGCGACUGCACAAAGGACCCGUCCUUCUGCAAUAUGUGGAGGACCGUCGGUUUCCUGACAUCUUUUGGCGUCGUCGUUGAGCUAUGCGCUAUCGUAUCCUUCGUUGUCAUCAUCUCUGGUGGGGUGCAGCGCAGGGCCGCAGGCUGGCAGGUGGCCGUUGGCGUACUUUCCUUCAGCGCCAUCGUCCAGUGCGCCGGUAUGGCCAUAGUGGCAUUCCUCUUCGACAACGACGACCGCUUCUGGAAGGGCUGGCACCUUGACCUCUCGUGGUCUCUCUGCACCGCUAGCUGGACCAUCCUCUUCCUGACUUCCGUCGGCAUCGCCGUCUCCGCCUUCUACCUUCCCGUCGAAGGCGACUACGAGCUCAUUCCCGAAGAAUACUACGGUCCGCCAGACGAUCGGUGA